GCGCUAAGUGUAAUCUGUGUGUUGGCGGGAAAGUGAGAUAUUAGCGGGUCGUAAAUUUUGGUUGUCCAAUGUUAAUAUUUUAUUUCAGUUAUUGCUGCAGUGAUAAUAAUCAAAUAGUUCAUCAACAUGAAUAUAACACCACAAAGUAUGGAACAACUUAUAAUGAGGAAUAUAGAUGAUGUCGAUGUUGACCCUCAUUUGAAGAAAUUAUUAGAUGAAUUGAAUACAUUGAAGACAGAAAUAUACGGAGAGAAAAUCAAAUCGAAAAUUUCAUCUGUUGAAAAUGUUUCAGAAAAAAAUAUGUGUAUUAAAAGGAAUUAUCCAACUAAAAAAAAGAGAAAAUCGAAUCAAGGGGAUGGAGUAUUUAGGACUUCAGUUGCUAUAUUCGGUGAAAGAAGGAAGUCUAAUCGUUUAUCUGGUAAAAUUCCUGAAUAUGCCUUGAUGUGUGAUAUUGAUGAAUUAGAAAAUCAAAAUCUUUUCUCAAAUGGAGGGUUGAGGUUUAGGAAAGACAAAGUAGAACGAAAAUCUUUCAUUGGACGACAACACCAUACAUUAGAUCGUGUUAUACUUAAACCAGAAGAAAUCACUGAGGAAAUGUUGAAUAAUAUAAGCUACAGUUCAAAUAAUAAAAUUUAUGAUAAUAUUAAUGGUUCUAGUUGUCAUCAAUGCCGGCAGAAGACGAAAGAUACAAAAACAAUAUGUAGAAAUUUAGACUGUUUUGGUGUUAGGGGUCAAUUUUGUGGUCCAUGUGCUAAAAACCGAUAUGGAGUUGACGUUGCAGAUGCUUUAUUAGAUCCUUAUUGGUCAUGCUUUGUAUGUCAAGGGAUAUGCAAUUGUUCAUUUUGUAGAAGUAGAAAAGGAAAAAGACCAACUGGGAUUUUAGCACAUAUUGCAAAAAGAGAAGGUCAUGAUUCUGUCAAAGAAUUUUUAGACGCACUGAAAGGAAAGAUAACUGAAGAAGAUGACUACCUUGAAUAUAUGCAAGACCCUGAGAGUGUUUGUGGAUUUGUAAAUCAUGAUACAGUUUGUACAGUAAAUGGAAAUGACGAAAUUUUAAAUGGAAAAGAAAGUGAUAUGAAAGCUCCUGUUAUAUGGGAAAUCAUUGAUACUAUAGAGAAAAAAUCAUGUUUCAGUGGAUUCAUCUCAAAAAAUUCAAUAACAUAUACAAGUAUUAAUAAGUUGAAUAAUAUUAUAGAUUCUCUAUCACAAAGAUGAAAAUGAGUAUUUUUGUAUUUCAUUUUAUUGUGGAUAAAUAUAUUUCACUAAUUUAGUUCUUAA